AUGCGUGCGAAGGCUCGCGGUGCUCCCCGCGACGCCUCCUUGGCAGACCAGUCCGAUGUCAUCGUCAACUCGGUCGACUCCUUCCACAUCCGCCUUGCCGUGACCGGCACCUCCUGUGAUAAAUACCCAGCGAAACAGCACGCCCGCAACGUCGCCGGCAAACUCGGAGCCUCACAUGGUCUGAUCUUCCUCGCGGGUCAGCCCACGAUCAACUGGCGCGAUUCCGACCAAUCGCGCCCGUUCCGCCAGCGCCGAUACUUCUACUACCUGAGUGGCGUGGAUGAGCCCGACUGCGCUCUCACAUACGAUGUGGGCUUAGAUAUCUUGACCCUGUAUGUACCGGAUUUCGACCUGCAUCGGGCGAUCUGGAUGGGCCCCACCCUGUCGCGGGAGGAUGCCCAAGAUCGCUAUGAUGUCGACCGCGUCCUGUACCAGUCGUCGCUUAAGUCGGAGCUGGAAUCCUGGCUGAGCGAACGAGUGCGAAACAGCUUGCUGUAUAUGGUUCACGAAUCGGAGACACCUCAAGGCUUGCCUGCGGAGAUUCCGCUGGACACAGAACAGCUGAUGCCUGCUAUGAAUGCAGCUCGGGGCAUCAAGGAUGAAUAUGAGAUUCGCAUGAUCCGCCAGGCCAAUACCGUGUCGGGCCUUGCCCAUCGGAAGAUUCUGGAGGGUAUCCAGAAAAUGUCGAACGAGUCGCAGAUUGAAGGAUCGUUCCUUGGCACCUGCAUCUCGCAUGGUGCCCCAAAUCAAGCAUAUCAGAUCAUCGCGGCGUCCGGACCCAAUGCCGCAGUCCUUCACUACGACCGAAAUAAUGAGUCUCUUCAUAACAAGUCUCUCGUCUGUCUCGAUGCUGGUGCUGAGUGGAACUGCUAUGCGAGCGAUGUGACUCGGACAUUCCCACUCUCUGGCGACUGGUCCAGCAAGUACGCUCGGGACAUCUAUCGUGUGGUCGAGCGCAUGCAAGAGGAAUGCAUCAAGCGCAUUCGCAGAGGGACACGCUUCCUGUCUCUACAUGAUUUGGCCCACGAGAUUGCGAUCAUUGAAUUACUGCAUCUUGGCAUCCUCAAGAAUGGCAGUCUCUCCGAAAUUCGAGCAUCCGGUGCCUCAAAAGUGUUUUUCCCCCACGGCCUAGGUCACCAUGUUGGUCUCGAAGUCCACGAUGUAUCCGAGUCAGAAAUCAUGGCUCUGCAUCCCGACUUUGACCAUGACCAGUAUGGUCCCGUCCUCAACCCGGCAGGAAGCCUUGCGCCCUGCACGCUAUCCGCCCCACUGCUGGAAGAGGGCAUGGUGGUAACCAUUGAACCGGGAAUCUACUUCUCGCCGUUGGCUCUUGCAAAUGCCUCCAAGCAGCCAUGUGCGAGGUAUAUUGACUUUGACAUUGCUGAACAGUAUGUCCAUAUUGGUGGUGUGCGCAUCGAGGAUGAUAUCCUCGUCACCGCUAAUGGCUAUGAGAAUCUCACCACUGCACCCAAGGGGGAGGAGAUGCUUGCCAUCAUUCGGGGGUCUACAUAG